AUGGCACCAAGGAGCAUGCUCGGGUUGCUCGCCUUCGCAUCCGGCGCAUACGCCGUGCCUUUCGUCUCCGAGGCACAGACUACCGUUACCUCAGAGCCCACCAUCACUCCCUCACAAGUUGCAGUCACCAACGUGACCUCCCACGGCCCUUACACGGGUCCCUCACCAACUACAACUGGUGCGCUCUCAACCAGUGUCCUGGCCUCCGAGGUCCCGAUACUGCCUCCUCCAGACGACGCCUACGACUACCCGGCGGACGGCAAGCUCCAUGGCGACCAGCCCGCGCCGUACACGCCCUCAGGCGGCAUCGGCACCAAUGGCUCGGCUCCAGUCUACCGCGUCCAGAGCGAUUUCGACUACCAGUCCCUCGCUCUGGCGCUUUACCAGGAGUACAUCGAGCUCGACCUCUUCCACUGGGGCCUUGCCACGUUCUCCAAUGAAGAGUUCGAGGAGCUUGGUCUGAAUGCUGAGGACCGCUACCUCUUGCAGUUCAUGGCCGAACAGGAGAUCGGUCAUGCUACUGUCAUCACAAACAUGCUUGGCGCUCAGGCACCGAAGCAGUGCACUUACAACUACCCCGUCACCAACCUUCGGGAGUACAUCGACUUCAACCAGAAGCUCACUCGCUGGGGCGAGUCUGGCCUGUUGCUGCAAAGCAUCACGACUGAGGCGCGUCAGCAAAUGAUUUUCCGUCAGUUCGAGGGCUUGUUCCCCAUGCCGGAGUGGCACAUUCCCGGUAUUCCGCAGAGUUGGGCCUGGACGCUGCUGGCACCGUAUAUCUCUAGCUGUCCGGCAGGCCAGACCCGCCUCAUCUGGCAGAACUUCCCCGCUCUUCACAUCCUGAACCAGCCCAACCCUUACCGCAUCAACGGUUCCAACGUCUGGAAUGAGACUACCGGCGGGUGGGCGAACACCGCGGCGACGACGAACAUCACCGAUGCUGAAUCUUGUGUCAACGCCACGGAUCCCCUCCAGGACUGUAAUGCCGCCAUCACUCAGAACCGCACGAUGCCCCUAUCCUACCCAGGCCGCCAGGUCUUUUUCCAAUGGGACGCUCCGGGCCAAGCGGUUGGUCCCAACAACAGCUACAUCACCGCGACCAACGUCGUGGAGCCAAAGUUCGCCGCCUGGGUGUCGCAACUGAAUGUCACCUUCUCGGCACUUCAGAACGUUAGCCUCGAGUCUCGUACGGCGUACACCAUCCAGCCCAACGUUUCGACGUGGGAGCAUGAUCCCGCCAUUAACUCGACCAUGUUUGUUGCUCUUACGGAUACUGACAUGUAUGUCACAGCUCACAAUUUGACCAUGAUCAACCCGCAUGUUGCUGCGCUUGCUGUGUACCAGGCUGGUUAA